AUGAGAUUCUACCACAUCUUUGCACUUGCUGUUGCCGGCACUGUUAUGGCCUCUCCCGCGGCCAUUGCCGAAGACGUUGAUGUCGACGUACGAAACACCGAAAGCAAGGUACCUGAGGCGUUUGAAUCACGCGCGGACAAAUGCCUGUACCGUUACUGCAAGACCGCCAAGGAUUGCUGCCCGAAGAUGGCGUGCUACACGAAGAGUUCAUCAUGUGUCUACUAA